AUGAAUUUGUGUAUAGCAUACGUAUAUCUACUAAUACUAAUAAUAGUCGGAUGUGUUAAAUGUGCUGAUAAACCUAAUCAGCUGUCAAACGACAAACAAAGCUCAAAAAAAGACCGAGAUACUAAUAAUAAAGAUAAUAAACCUUUGAGAUUAGUAGAAUAUGGUGAUAAUGAAGAUAGUGAUCCUUUGAAAUUAGUAGAAUAUAGUGACAGUGAUGAAGAAGAAGAUUUUGAAAAUUUCGAAGUGACAGAAACUAGAGAUGAACAUGAAGGUAUUGAUACAGCAGAAAGUCAAGCUACUGAAAGACCUGAACUACAGAAGCAAGAACCUAAAUCACCUGAGACAACUGAACAGUUACAACCUAAAGAUGAUAAAACUGUUGAUAAAAGUGAUCAAGAUCUAUUAAAACAAAAGGGUUUUAGUCAACCUACACAACCAGAACCAGAAAACAUGGUUCCAGGAGAAACACCUAAAUAUUAUCUUUUUUCUGCCAUACCUGAUCAAAACGGCCAACACAAACUCAUUCCAAUUACUUAUUUGGAAUACAUACCUCCUGUUCAACAACCUGUACAGUACUAUUUACCUCAACAAACAAUGCCUAUGGUUGGACCAUAUUUAACAGUACCAGGAGCUCAAUAUGAAUUUUAUGGUCCAGAACAACCUAUAAUUUAUUAUGCACCAACAUAUCAGGAUCAACAAUUUUAUGGACCUCCUUUAGCAGGAAACGAAUUUCAACAUCAAUUUUAUGGACCUCCUAACUACUGUCCUGAACAACCAGUUCCAGAUCAAUCAAAGGGAGAUAAACAAGACCAACCUCCUGCUCAACAACCUAGUGAAUGUGACAAACCAGAAGAACAGAAUGGUGAGCCUGGAGAAGAAGGAGCAGUUGGAGGAGCUGAAGAUGACGAAGACAACGGGUCUGAAGGUGGAGAUGAAGAAGAUAAUUUUGAUGUAACUGAAACUAUUGGGCAAACUCAGGAUCCUGAAGGUGAUAAAAAGGAAGCUUAUUGUAAGGAAAUCAAGUUUUUUAAAAUAAAUGAUAAAGGAAAAUUGGAUCUAAUGAAUGAAGAAGAGUUCAAAAUUGAAUAUUCAAGUACAAAUUUGGUAAGAUAUUUAUUAAAAGGGAAUCUAGAAGUAUUAAUGUGUAACGAUGAAGUCGUUUAUACUCAUGUAUAUUUAACUGAAUAUUCCAUUACAAUUACUUAUGAUAAAAUCCCCAAUACAUUUAUAAUUGAGUUUCCGGAUUUUUUUCUUGUAGUUUUUUUGGUUAGAGGCAGUUGGAGAUUACAAAAACGAAGACGCCCUGAUCUCAAACUUUUUAAAGAGGAUGUCACCGGUAAAGAGAUUGAAAUGACCUCUGAAGAUUACAAAAUUCGGUUGAGUUCAAGGAGGUCGUUUAAAAUCAUAAUAAUGAAAAAUGUCCAUUGCACUAAAGUUAUUGUCAACAAUCUAGUUGCAUGGAAAAAAACGGAUGAUGAUACUGAUCUUUGUGGAUUUGGUCUAACUUCUGGAAAUUAUAUAGUCUUUUUUUUCAGAGGGUAUAUAAGAGUAUUAGUUGUAAAGAAUGGGCGUUAUAAAUUAUGUUAUACCAAACCAAAUAGAAAAUAUUUAUAAAAUAAAUCAACCUAACAUACCAAAAAUAAUGCAAUUAUACGCAAUUAUUCAUAUUCAAUCUGUAAAACAUAAGUUAUAUUAUUAAGAAUUUAAAUCUCAAACUUAGUUGAUCAUCAAUAUAUGUAAACUGUAAUUAA